CCUUUUUCUUUUUCUUUCUCGUUAUUUCCCUUUCGGUAUCCUUUCCCUACUUCUUCUUUACCUUCUUUUCAACAAAAAAGCAAGAAGAACAAUAAAGUGUGAGUAAAGACAAGGAUAAUAAAAAGUUACAAUAAAAAGAGAGAGAGAGUGAUGACAGAGACAUUUUAUGGAUAUAUUGAAACAACGCAAGAUGUAUUACUCAUAUUUGAAGGAUGCAGAAGAGGCUUAUUACCUAGAAUAUGUAGAAGAUUACAGGAAAAGGAAAGACGUAUGAUAAGAUCAGGCUCAGUCUUCGUCUUUGACGAGAGAGAAUCAGGUAUAAUAUCAUUUAACAUCGACAGGGGUUUAAAAAGGGCAGAACUCAGCAUUUAUAUAGGAAUCAAACGAUGGACGGAUGGUCUGGUUUGGAGCCCAUCACGUAUCCUUGGUAACUUUUUGAUCUAUCGUGAGCUUGAUAAAAGAAUACCAGGAGACAAGAAAUUGACAUCAAUCACCAAUGAGUCAAGGCAACGUAGCUUCAGUGCAGAUCAAACAGCUGGCAUCCUUGGUGUCUCAACAGACCGCAAUAGAGAGCGUCGACUUGUCGGCAGUCUUUCAGAUUCUUAUCGUUUUCGUAAAGAUGGUCUCAUAAAAAAGACAAUGUCCAUCAUCGUCAACGGUGUUACUCAACACUUGGUGUCUUAUUACCAUCCUCAGGAUAUCAUAUCAAAUAAGUUACGCACUCCCUCUUCCGUUCCAGAAUUGGCAAGUCUGGAAAUUUCUCCAGAUUUACUAGUCAAACAAAACUUUAGAGUUCCACCCAUGGUUGAGCCUUCUUCUUUUGAUCACUCUGAAAAUGCAUUUAUAAACUCUAGCUCUUAUGAUGAAAGACGUGCACAUUCUUUUCGUAGCAUGUCAUUAGGCUCGCUUCAUAAUACAAACAGCAACAGCAGUAACAACAUGCUGGGUACACCGGGUAAUCCAUCAACACCCUCUUUACUAUAUACCCCAUCGCUUGCCACAAAUGCGGCUGCGGGAAGAAUGAAUGUGAAUAACAGUAAUAACAAAUUACCCAACAAUGCAUUGCCUUCGUCUUAUUAUACGAAUCCACUCUACAGCAACACAGCAGGAUUCUCACCACUACCUUCUCCUUCAAGCAUUACGUCUUCCCCUAUGCUAUCGCCUGUGCAUCAAUCAUUCCCACAUCCCAGACAUUAUUCUAUUUCAUCUGCUUCAUCUGGCCCUAUUCAACGUUUUGCUGCUCGUAAUAGUUUCGAUCUCAUGUCUGGAAUCCAAACCGAUAGACAACAGCAACCAUCACCAUCGCAACAACAACAGCAACAACAACAUCAUCCUCAUCCAACAUCACAGCAGCAGCAACAACAACAACAGCCAUCUUCAUCACAGCAGCAAUCUAUCCACCCCCAUAUGCUUCCGGAUAUGUUUUUAUCUGGAGAUACACACAUUAAAGCAGAAAAUGACACUAGUGUAAAUGCAGGCAGUGAAGCUGUAGGGAUAUCAACACCAGCUACGGGUGCUAGUGGGUUCUCAUCUAGUCCAAACAUAGGACAGCUUUUGAAUCCCAUUCAUCCCCUAAAUACGACCAUCAAACAGAAUGACCCGUCCAUGACAAAUGCACAGCUGUUUCAGUCGAUGAAUAUAAGUAGUCCAUCUAAAUAUCAAGAUUUUUCUUUACCUAGUACAACAGCCGCUACCCCAAGUGGGACACCUCAUUUUGACAGUUUUAGCAAUAACAAUAAUAAUCAUUAUUAUGAACAACAGCAACAACAGCAGCAACAGCAACAAACAGUGACUGACUCAGAUCAUCAUUACCACCAUCACCAAGAACAACAAGAUACCCAUUCCUCAAAUAAUCUUGUCCCACUCUUUCGAAACGGAAUGGUUCUACCAAACACAAAUUCUUCUUCAAUGUAUGAUGAAAGUGCAUCGGACCUCGGAAUAGAACCAUUAAUGUUGAAAUAACCCCCCUCCCCUUUUAUUGUGAUUUAUGUUUUUUUUUUUGUUCAUAUUACACUCAAUCAAACAAAACUACAUGUAUUUUGCUUUCCUUUUUUCUUUUCUGUUGUAAUUAAUUGUAUAAAAAAAAGACUUUUUUAAUUAAAGAAUCACGUAUUCUGGUUUGAUUCCACAUUUGGCG